ACGUCCUCUACCCUGCCCGGACGCAGGUAAGCACCCAGCUCCCCUUUCUGCUCGUGCUUGAAUACAGCAACAGCGCCGCUCGUUUCCAAUCUCUCUGACAUCAGAGUUAUAAUUCCAUCCCACGCAUCGGACAAGAACCCCUCCCGGACGAUAGCCUCCGAGAGCCAGCCCUCAGGGAACGGACUACUGCGAAUGACGGUGGCAUGUGUAUUGCGGUCCCGGGUGUGCUCUUGCAUACCUGGUGCAUCUAGUGUUGGCGUAUACCGUCAGACUCUUUGCUAGCUUGACGGCGGCCGUCAUCGCGUUCUGGCGACUCUAUGUUGUCGAUCGCAAAUAUUGCUCACUCAGCGCAAACCGAUCCACCAGCGGAAUGGAUGUUUUCGCGGCAUGCAUCGCAGAUCUCACGCAUAACGCCUAACUCAUGCGCGGGCCGCUGUGAGGAUUCCAAAUUGAACAGCUUCCAUCAAACCACCUUCCCUCGGCACCGACCCGCACCAAUCUGGACGUUAACGCCUACCGACGCUCAACGGGGCGCUCAAGAAAGGUUUCAUGGGAGACCAUGUCAGGCCUGCGCCAAGUUCUGCUCUCACGCCUCCCGUAGGAUUCGCGCGACGACCGCCUUUCAGGGCGUAGAUGAUUGAAUACAUUCCAGUUCCAUGGCAGUAGCAGACAUAGCAUAACUUGGUUGACCUUUGGCGCCCUGGCUUCGCUGCUUUGCUAUAAAGGAUGGCCGUAGGAGGUCGUUCUAUUCGAGCUCCAGUCCUCCUUUGGUCUUUGAGCAAUCCUCUUCACUUGCAAUCGUCAUGGCGAAGUUUAUGUGCUUGCUUUCCUACGUCACCCUCCUCUUCGCUGCCUCGGCCUAUGCAGGCAUUGGGCCCGUCACCGACCUGACCAUCACUAACGCGGACAUCGCUCCCGAUAAUUUUACUCGUGCUGCCAUCGUGGUCAACGGUGUCUUCCCCGCGCCCCUCAUCACUGGCAACAAGGGCGACCGCUUCCAGCUUAAUGUCGUCGACCAGCUAACCAACCACACUAUGCUGAAGACCACAAGUAUUCACUGGCAUGGCUUCUUCCAGAAGGGCACGAACUGGGCAGACGGUCCUGCCUUCAUCAACCAGUGCCCCAUCGCCAGUGGAAACUCGUUCCUGUACGACUUUCAAGUUCCAGAUCAGUCUGGCACCUACUGGUACCACAGCCAUCUUUCCACGCAAUAUUGCGAUGGUUUGAGGGGUCCGUUUGUAGUGUACGAUCCUCAGGAUCCCCACGCCUCUCUCUACGAUGUCGACGACGACUCGACUGUGAUCACCCUCGUCGAUUGGUACCACGUUGCGGCCAGGGUUGGUCCCCGCUUCCCGCUGGGUUCGGACUCCACUCUCAUCAACGGUCUGGGCCGUAGCCCGAGCACCCCUACCGCUGACCUUGCCGUGAUCAGUGUUACUCAGGGCAAGCGCUACCGCUUCCGACUGGUGUCGAUUUCUUGCGACCCGAACUACGUCUUCAGUAUCGACAACCACGACCUGACCGUCAUCGAGGCCGACGGUAUCGAGACUCAGCCUGUCACCGUCAACGCCAUCCAGAUAUUCGCUGCCCAGCGUUACUCGUUCGUGCUUACUGCGAACCAAACUAUUGACAACUAUUGGAUCCGUGCUAAUCCGAACUUCGGUAAUGUCGGCUUCACCGAUGGUAUCAACUCUGCCAUCCUUCGCUACGACGGAGCUGCUUCGAUCGAGCCCACGACGUCCCAGCAGGUUACGCAGAACCUGCUUAACGAGGCCACUCUUGCGCCCUUAACCGCGAGGGUGACGCCCGGUACUGCUGUGCAGGGUGGUGUUGACAAGGCCAUCAACUUGGACUUCAACUUCAAUGGCACCAACUUCUUCAUCAACAAUGCUUCUUUCGUGCCCCCCACUGUCCCCGUCCUGCUCCAGAUUAUCAGCGGCGCACAGAAUGCUCAGGACCUCCUGCCGUCUGGUAGCCUGUACGAGCUGCCCAUUAACUCGUCCAUUGAGAUCAGCUUCCCUGCCACCACGAACGCUCCUGGUGCUCCUCAUCCUUUCCACUUGCACGGUCACGCCUUCGCUGUUGUACGCAGUGCGGGCUCCACCGAGUACAACUACGACAACCCUGUCUGGCGCGACGUUGUGUCUACGGGUACCCCCGCCGCGGGCGACAACGUCACUAUUCGCUUCCAGACUGACAACCCGGGACCGUGGUUCCUCCACUGCCACAUCGACUUCCAUCUCGAUGCUGGCUUUGCUGUCGUCAUGGUCGAGGACAUUCCCGAUACCACGUCCGCCAACCCAGUUCCGCAGGCUUGGUCCGACCUGUGCCCGACCUACGAUGCGCUUUCAGCUGAUGAUCUGUGAUUCGGACGUCAGGGGAUUUGUAUAGACCCUGGCUUAUAAAG